CAGAUCAAACUGAACCAUAAUUUUUGAUUCUUUUUUCUUAUCACGGCUUUAUUUUAUUCUCCUGUUUAUAAUUCUGCCCUCAUCGCCUAUCAAACUUGUUAUAACAUAGUAAAAAGUAUUGUGCAUAGUUCAGCAGGCUAUUGAAAUUAUUUUAGAUGCGACGGGUGGUUCUUUCAUUUUGAAUUGGUAGGUACAACCUUUGAUUAAAAGAUGUGGAGGCUAAAAAUUGGGGAGGGAGGCAAUCCAAUGCUCCGGACGGUCAACAACUUUGCAGGGAGGCAGGUAUGGGAGUUUGAUCCAAAUUUGGGUACGCCCGAGGAGCUUGCUAAGGUUGAGGAAGCACGCGAGAACUUCCGCAAGCACCGAUUCGAGAUGAGGCACAAUGCAGAUCUAAUCUUACGAAUGCAGUUUGAAAAGGGGAACACAAACAAACAGACUCUCCCCCAAGUCAAAAUAGGUGAUCGUGAAGACAUCACAAAGGAGGCAGUGCUAGUAACCUUAAGGAGGGUCAUGAUUCGUUAUUCCACUCUACAAGCUCAUGAUGGGCAUUGGCCUAAUGAUUUUUCUGGUCCAACGUUCCCUUUACCUCUUUGGAUUAUUAGUUUACAUGCUAUUGGAGAAUUCAAUACAGUUUUUUCAUCGGAACACCGUAGGGAGAUGCUUCGCUAUAUGUACAACCUACAGAAUGAAGAUGGAGGAUGGGGCGUUCAGUUUGAAGGUACAAGCAACAUGAUUGGCACAUCCAUGAGUUAUGUUGCUUUGAGGUUGCUUGGUGAAGAGCCUGAAGGUGGAGAUGGGGCGAUGCUGAAAGCACGAAAAUGGAUACUAGAUCAUGGUGGUGCAACUGCUAUAUCAGCAUGGGGAAAAUUUGCCCUUUCAAUGCUUGGAGUAUAUGAAUGGUCUGGAAGCUACCCUUGGGUCCCAGAAGCAUGGUUACUCCCAUAUUUCCUACCAUUUCAUCCAGGACGAAUGUACUCUGCUUGCCGAACAGCUUAUGCGGCCAUGUCAUAUAUAUAUGCAAAGCGAUUUGUGGGUCCAAUUACACCAACGAUAUUAUCAUUAAGGAAGGAGCUUUACACUACUUCCUAUGAUGUUAUAGAUUGGAAGCGAACCUAUAAUCAAUCCGCUAAAGAAGAUUCAUACAAUCGUACUUCAUUGGUGCAAAAUAUCCUUUCUACAUUUCUUCAAAGGGUCGUUGAACCAAUAUUCAUAAGUUGGCCCGGCAAGAAGUUGAGAGAAAAGGCUCUCAACACUGUCUUGCAACACAUUCAUUAUGAAGACGAAAAUACUCGGUAUAUUUGCUUCGGUUUUGUUAACAAGGCACUAAAUAUGGUUGUGUGCUGGUUGGAAGCACCAAAUUCAGAGGCAUUUAAGAAGCACCUUGCAAGAAUUGAUGACUACGUAUGGGUUGCUGAAGAUGGCUUGAAAAUAAAGGCAGCGGUUGGCAGCCAAUUAUGGGACACAGCUUUUGCUGUUCAAGCAAUCAUUUCUACUGGCCUUUCUGAAGAAUUUGGCCCUACUCUUAAGAAAGCGCAUGAAUACAUAAAAAACUCACAGAUUCUUGAGGAGUAUCCAGGUGAUCUCAAGUCAUCGUACCGGGAUAGAUCAAAAGGCUCAUGGCCCUUCUCGAUGGCAGAUCAAGGAUGGAUGGUUUCAGAUACCACAGCAGAAGCAUUAUUGGCUCUACUCUUAUUGUCACAAAUGUCUCCAGCACUUGUUGGCGAUUCAGUAGAUGUGAAACGACUUUAUGAUGCUGCGGACAUCCUUCUUUGCCAGCAGGAGAAAAGUGGUGGUUAUGCAAGUUUUGAACGAAUAAGAGCCUCUCCUUGGUUGCAGAUACUGAAUCCUGACGAAAAUAUGGCAAACCUUAUACUUGAAAUUCCAUACGUUGAAUGCACUGCAUCCGCAGUUAAGGCUCUAUCAGUUUUUAAGAAAUUGUACCCUGACUAUCGCAAACAAGAUAUAGAAACAUGCAUCACAAGAGCUGCAAAUGCCAUUGAAAAGAUGCAAAAUCCUGAUGGAUCCUGGUAUGGUCGUUGGGGCAUCUGCUUCACCUAUGCCACAUGGUUUGGGAUAAAGGGGUUGGUAGCUGCAGGGAGGUCCUAUGACAAUAACUAUUACAUCCGUAAAGCUUGUGACUUUCUGUUGUCAAAACAGUUAGCUUCAGGUGGUUGGGGUGAGAGCUAUCUAUCAUGUUGUAACAAGGUGUAUACAAAUCUUAAGGGAAAUAGAGUUCAUGCGGUGCAAACUGGAUGGGCCAUGUUGGCGCUUAUUGAUGCUGGGCAGGUUUGUUUAUAUAAUUUGUACUUAAUGUCAUAUUUAGAUAAACUAAGAUGA